UGCUUUUGAAAUUCACUGAGGAUAAGCAGCAAGUUAGAGAUGCUCCCUCAGAGAAAUUGCGGGUCAUUUAUCGCCCCACCUUCCCUCCUCCUAGGUGCUGUGAGAAGCCAUCUUUCUGCCUUCAAAAAACACCGAGCUGCCAGAAUUGACCAUUAUGUUGUGGAAGUCAAUAAAUUAAUAAUCAGGUUAGAGAAGCUCACUGCAUUUGAUAGAACGAAUACUGAGUCAGCGAAGAUUCGAGCUAUAGAAAAGUCUGUGGUGCCUUGGGUCAACGACCAGGAUGUCCCAUUCUGUCCAGACUGUGGGAAUAAGUUCAGCCUCCGUAACCGCCGCCACCAUUGCCGUCUCUGUGGGUCUAUUAUGUGUAAGAAGUGUAUGGAGCUCAUCAGCCUUCCCUUGGCAAACAAGCUCACCAGUGCCAGCAAAGAAUCCCUGAAUGCCCACACCAGCCCCAGCCAGUCGCCCAACAGUGUCCAUGGCUCUCGCCGUGGCAGCAUCAGCAGCAUGAGCAGUGUGAGUUCAGUCCUGGAUGAGAAGGAUGAUGAUCGGAUCCGCUGCUGUACACACUGCAAGGACACGCUGCUCAAGAGAGAGCAGCAGAUUGACGAGAAGGAGCACACGCCUGACAUCGUGAAGCUUUAUGAGAAAUUACAGCUUUGCAUGGGGAAAGUUGAUCAGAAAGCUCCAGAAUACAUCAAGAUGGCAACAUCAUUAAAUGCCGGGGAGACAACUUACAGUCUGGAACAUGCCAGUGACCUUCGACUGGAAGUCCAGAAAGUGUAUGAGCUAAUAGAUGCUUUAAGUAAGAAGAUCUUAACCUUAGGCUUGAACCAGGACCCUCCACCACAUCCAAGCAAUUUGCGACUGCAGAGGAUGAUCAGAUACUCAGCCACGCUUUUUGUGCAGGAAAAGUUGCUUGGUUUGAUGUCACUGCCAACCAAAGAGCAGUUUGAGGAACUGAAAAAGAAACGGAAGGAGGAAAUGGAGAGGAAGAGAGCUAUGGAGAGACAGGCUGCCCUGGAGGCUCAGCGGAGGCUUGAGGAAAGGCGGACUGGCCUGGCAUCUCGAGCAGCCAAUGGGGAGGUGGCAUCUCUCCGCAGGGGCCCUGCCCCUUUGAGAAAGGCUGAAGGCUGGCUCCCGCUGUCAGGCGGUCAGGGACAGAGUGAAGACUCGGAUCCCCUCCUCCAGCAGAUCCACAACAUCACAUCAUUUAUUAGGCAGGCCAAGGCUGCAGGCCGCACAGAUGAAGUGCGCACCCUGCAGGAGAACCUGCGGCUGCUGCAGGACGAGUAUGACCAGCAGCAGACAGAGAAGGCCAUCGAGCUGUCCCGGAGGCAGGCCGAGGAGGAGGACCUGCAGCGGGAACAGUUGCAGAUGCUUCGUGAACGGGAGUGGGAACGAGAAAGGGAACAGUUCCGUGUGGCAUCCCUGCAUACACGGACUCGGUCCCUGGACUUCCGAGAUAUCGGGCCUUUUCAGCUGGAGCCCAGCAGAGAACCUCGCACCCACCUUGCUUGUGCGUUGGAUCUCGGCUUGUCCCCACCUCAGAACAGCACAGUUCCCAAGAACCCUUUACCCAGCUCAGCUGGAGAGCCUGUCAGAGUGUGGUCUGGGCCCCCAGCCCUUGGCCAAGAGUUCUUCCCCGAGAGCAGCAGCAUGUCACAGCAAAAUGAGGGGCCCUCUCUAAACCCCUUUGAUGAGGAGGAGCGCUCCAGUCCCGCAGAAGAGGGUGCGGCCAUCCCUCCCGCUGCAGAGGCUUCUCUCACCCCUUCAGCCCACAUCCCAAAAGGGUAUAAUCCUUUUGAGGAGGAGCAAGAGGAGGCAGUGGCAGGGCCAGGGAAUCCUUUCGCCCACCCAGACAGUCCAGCACCCAACCCGUUUGACGAGGAAGGUCAGCAUCCUCAGCAGGGGCCCUCAAGCCCCCCACGUCCUAGUAACCCCUUCGAGGAACUCACCUGUACCAACCCCUUCGAAAUGGACAGUGACAGUGGGCCAGAGGCUGAGGAGCUCAUAGAGGAAGAGCUCCUCCUGCAGCAGAUUGAUAACAUCAAGGCAUAUAUCUUUGAUGCCAAGCAGUGCGGCCGCCUGGAUGAGGUGGAGGUGCUGACAGAGAACCUGCGGGAGCUGAAGCACACUCUGGCCAAGCAGAAGCGGGGUGCCGACUGACCAGCAGUGGGUGACACCUUUGGGCCCCGGGGCCUGGCCGGAGCCAGUGCAGCCGGUGAGAGGACAGGUGGGACUGAUGAGGAAGGAGGCGGGGUGAGAAUUCAGAUGCACGCAAGUUAGGGGCAGGAAUCUGCUGUUUUCUGCUGUGCACUUUGUGGUGUUUUCCACUACAGUUGCAUAAUAAAAUAGGAGUCAGAACAGGAAGAAUCAGCAUUUGU